UGAGUGAGGCUCUCCCGCUUUCAGUCUCUGUUGCCCCAAAACUAAAACCCUAUACCCUCUUCAUCUUUCGAAGAAAAUGGUGAUUAAUAUCUUCUAAAACUCCAUAAAUCCCCAAGUUGGUUCUCAACUUCGAAAUCUUCUUCUUCGUCGUCUUCACCAUUUUCGGAAACCCUAUUCAGCAGUCUUUGAAACUCAAUAUAUCUGAGCUAUGUACCUUUACAGCCUCACACUCCAGCGACCGACGGGCAUCGUCUCCGCCAUUAAUGGAAAUUUCUCCGGCGGGAAGGCACAAGAAAUCGUCGUCGCCAGAGGCAAAGUUCUCGAUCUUCUUCGACCCGACGACAGUGGUAAGAUCCAGACUGUUCUCUCUGUUGAAAUUUUCGGUGCCAUUAGGUCUUUAGCUCAGUUUAGACUCACUGGUGCCCAAAAGGACUAUAUCGUUGUAGGGUCUGAUUCAGGCCGAAUUGUGAUUCUUGAAUACAAUAAAGAAAAAAAUGUAUUCGAUAAAAUUCACCAAGAGACUUUUGGGAAAUCUGGCUGUCGCAGGAUAGUUCCGGGCCAGUAUUUGGCCAUUGAUCCAAAGGGUAGGGCUGUUAUGAUUGGAGCUUGCGAGAAGCAGAAGCUGGUUUAUGUUUUGAAUAGGGAUACAGCUGCAAGAUUGACGAUAUCAUCACCUUUGGAAGCUCAUAAAUCUCAUACUAUAGUUUAUUCCAUUUGUGGAGUUGAUUGCGGGUUUGAUAACCCAAUAUUUGCUGCCAUUGAGUUGGACUACUCGGAGGCGGAUCAGGAUUCUACUGGGCAGGCAGCUAGUGAGGCACAGAAGCAUUUGACCUUUUACGAACUUGAUCUUGGGCUUAAUCAUGUGUCAAGGAAGUGGUCGGAGCAGGUCGAUAAUGGGGCAAAUAUGCUGGUCACGGUUCCUGGAGGUGGUGAUGGCCCAAGUGGUGUCUUAGUAUGUGCCGAAAAUUUUGUCAUUUAUAAGAAUCAGGGACAGUCUGAUGUUCGGGCUGUGAUUCCUAGACGUGCUGAUUUGCCUGCUGAGCGUGGAGUUUUGAUAGUUUCAGCUGCUAUGCACAAGCAAAAAUCGAUGUUCUUUUUUCUUUUGCAGACCGAGUAUGGUGAUAUAUUUAAGGUUACUUUAGAGCAUGACAAUGACCGUGUCACAGAAUUAAAAAUAAAGUAUUUUGAUACAAUUCCUGUUACGGCUUCGAUGUGUGUUCUUAAGUCAGGUUUUUUAUUUGCUGCAUCUGAAUUUGGGAAUCACUCAUUGUAUCAGUUCCAGGCUAUAGGUGAUGAUGCUGAUGUAGAGUCUUCCUCUGCUACACUGAUGGAAACUGAAGAAGGUUUCCAGCCUGUGUUUUUCCAACCUAGACGACUUAAGAACCUUGUUAGGAUUGACCAGGUUGAGAGUUUGAUGCCAAUGAUGGACAUGAAAGUCCUUAAUCUAUUUGAGGAAGAAACAUCUCAAAUAUUCACACUUUGUGGACGGGGUCCACGUUCCUCUCUUAGGAUACUAAGGCCAGGUUUAGCUAUUAGUGAGAUGGCUGUGUCAGAGCUUCCUGGUGUGCCAAGUGCAGUUUGGACUGUGAAAAAGAAUAUUACUGAUGAGUUUGAUGCAUACAUUGUUGUGUCAUUUGCAAAUGCUACUCUUGUGCUUUCAAUAGGAGAGACGGUUGAAGAAGUUAGUGAUAGUGGGUUUCUUGAUACUACCCCUUCACUUGCUGUUUCUUUGAUAGGAGAUGAUUCUCUAAUGCAAGUUCACCCAAAUGGCAUUAGGCAUAUUAGGGAAGAUGGACGUAUCAAUGAGUGGAGGACUCCUGGAAAAAGAACGAUUGUUAAGGUUGGCUCUAAUCGACUUCAGGUUGUUAUUGCUUUGAGUGGUGGAGAGCUUAUAUAUUUUGAGGUUGAUAUGACUGGUCAAUUGAUGGAGGUGGAGAAAUAUGAAAUGUCUGGAGAUGUUGCUUGCUUGGACAUUGCCCAAGUACCUGAAGGGAGACAGAGAUCUCGAUUUCUUGCUGUUGGCUCAUAUGACAAUACAAUUCGCAUAUUGUCACUGGAUCCCGAUGAUUGUAUGCAGAUUCUGAGUGUGCAAAGCGUGUCUUCAACUCCAGAAUCUCUUCUUUUUCUUGAAGUUCAGGCAUCAGUUGGUGGGGAGGACGGUGCUGAUCAUCCUGCUAGCCUUUUCCUCAACGCUGGUUUACACACUGGGGUUUUGUUCAGAACUGUGGUAGAUAUGGUGACUGGGCAACUUUCUGAUUCUCGAUCACGCUUCUUAGGUUUAAGAGCUCCAAAACUCUUUUCCAUUAUUGUUAGAGGCAAACGUGCAAUGCUUUGUUUGUCAAGUCGGCCUUGGCUUGGUUAUAUUCACCAAGGACAUUUUCUCUUAACACCCCUUUCCUAUGAAACCCUCGAAUAUGCAGCUUCAUUUUCAUCUGAUCAAUGUGCUGAAGGUGUGGUUGCUGUGGCGGGUGAUGCUUUGAGGGUUUUUACUAUUGAGAGGUUAGGAGAAACAUUCAAUGAAACUGUGAUUCCACUAAGGUACACUCCCAGAAAGUUUGUGGUUCAACCCAAGCGUAAGCUGUUGGUAAUAAUUGAGAGCGAUCAAGGAGCUUUCAGUGCAGAAGAGCGUGAAGCUGCAAAAAAGGAGUGUUUUGAGGCUGCUGGAGUUGGGGAAAAUGGAAAUGGUAAUGUAGAGCAGAUGGAAAACGGUGAUGAUGAGGACAAGGAUGAUCCUCUUUCUGAUGAACAUUAUGGUUAUCCCAAGGCAGAGUCUGAUAGAUGGGUUUCUUGCAUCAGAGUUCUUGAUCCAAAGACAUCAAGCACAACAUGCCUUUUGGAACUUCAGGAGAAUGAAGCUGCAUUCAGCAUAUGUACUGUGAAUUUUCAUGAUAAGGAGUAUGGCUCUCUUUUAGCUGUUGGCACAGCCAAGGGACUGCAGUUUUUCCCAAAAAGAAGUUUAACUGCUGGGUUCAUUCACAUCUAUAGGUUUUUAGAGGAUGGAAGAUCCCUUGAACUUCUGCACAAGACACAAGUGGAAGGUGUUCCUCUUGCUUUGUGCCAAUUCCAGGGAAGAUUACUUGCUGGAAUAGGAUCAGUUCUCAGACUAUAUGAUUUGGGGAAGAAGAGAUUGCUUAGAAAAUGUGAGAAUAAAUUGUUUCCAAACACAAUUGUAUCAAUUCAAACCUAUCAUGAUCGGCUUUAUGUAGGUGACAUUCAGGAGUCGUUCCAUUAUUGCAAGUAUAGGCGGGAUGAGAAUCAACUGUAUAUAUUUGCCGAUGAUUGUGUACCAAGAUGGCUGACUGCGUCGCACCACAUAGACUUCGAUACUAUGGCAGGUGCAGACAAGUUUGGUAAUAUCUAUUUUGUGCGAUUAUCACAAGAUGUUUCAGAUGAGAUUGAAGAAGAUCCAACUGGUGGGAGGAUAAAGUGGGAGCAGGGGAAGUUGAAUGGAGCACCCAACAAGGUAGAGGAGAUAGUGCAGUUUCACAUUGGUGAUGUGGUCACUUGCUUGCAGAAGGCCACUCUGAUUCCAGGUGGUGGGGAGUGCCUCAUUUACGGGACAGUAAUGGGGAGUUUGGGGGCACUGCUUACGUUCACCUCUCGUGAUGAUGUUGACUUCUUUUCUCAUUUGGAGAUGCAUAUGAGGCAGGAACAUCCGCCCUUAUGUGGAAGGGAUCACAUGGCCUACAGAUCUGCUUACUUUCCGGUUAAGGAUGUUAUUGAUGGUGAUUUGUGCGAGCAGUUUCCGACAUUACCUCUGGACUUGCAAAGAAAAAUUGCAGAUGAGCUGGACAGAACUCCUGGAGAGAUUCUUAAGAAACUUGAAGAAAUUAGGAAUAAGAUCAUCUGAGAAGCGGUCAUAAAACAGUGGCUAAUCAGGUAGUGCGUGACAAUGGUGAAUCGAUUUUGCAGUUUAUGGUAAUGCUGACGGGGAAGGCAAAGUAUGCUAGUGAGUGAGUGGUGAAUGAUUUGGUGCUGAAUAAAGCUUCAUUAAAAGAAAAAGCAUGCCAACAUUCCCCAUUUUUCAAUCUCAAGUGUAUUCAGAAAUCUUAUGGCAUCCUCGCACUUUGUAGGCCACAUUUUAUGUUAUUGUAAUUAAUUAGAAUAGAUUUUUAAUAUAUUUCUUUACAAACUUAUUGAAUGAUUCUCGACUAAUCUCAUUGAAUGUACUUUUGUUAAUCAAGAUUAUUGAAUCCAAGAAAAAUAGUUGCAUGAUUUUGUCA